GAGACGGCUUUUUUAUCCUGCCCAAGCUUACAAGGCAGGACUCCUUCCAGCAUAAUUACAAGGUGUUGCGCGCAACAACGGUGCUCUGCGGUCAAACCACAUGCUCGCCACCUUUGACUCGUCGCUUGGGUGCAAAUCAUAGUUUGCCCGACCUCGUAUGCGCUUCUCGCUUCUCAUUGCCCGGCAGACCCGCAGUACUCAGCAACAAACAAACAACCGGCCGCGGCGGACAACACAAUGACGACGCCCGCAAGGAAGCAUAUCUUUCUCGACUUUGACGGCACAAUCACCACGGCCGACACAAUCGGCGCCCUGGCCCAGUUCGCGCUGGACACGCAGUCCGCACGCGGGAGCGACCUGUCAGCAGCAUGGGAGCAGGUCGUCAAGGCCUACAUGCAGGGCUUCAAGGCGUGCGUGGACAACCACCACACGCCCUCGCACCAGCGCACGACGGUCGGCCAGGAGGUCGAGUUCCUGCGGCAGAUGAAGGACUCGGAGGUGGAGUCGCUCGAGCGGAUCCGGGAGUGCGAGGUGUUCCGCGGGAUCGGCGCCGACGACUUCCGCAACGCGGGCCGGCGGCUCGUCGAGCAAGGCACGAUCCAGCUGAGGGAAGGGUUCCACGAGUACGUCAGCCGCCGGAUCGCCGAGGGAUGCAAAGUGUGGGUGCUCUCGGUGAACUGGUCGUCGGCGUUUAUCGAGGGCGCUUGCCAUCCAAGUGUGGUGUCUGUCAUUGCGAACAACGUCGGCAGCGACGGGAGCAUCGUCGGUCCUGAGCUAUUCCUUAGUCCGCGGAGCGCAGAUCACCGGACCCUGACCAACUCUGUGGACAAGCUUGAUGCCAUGCGGGCUGCGCUGCAGGGAGAAGGCUUUGGCCAGACGACAACGGUGUACAUGGGCGACUCGAUUACCGACAUGGAGUGCUUGCUUGCUGCGGACCAGGCCGUUAUCAUGUCCGACAAGGCUGACUCCACGCUUCUCCAGACGCUCCGGAGGAUUGGUACGGAUGUCAAGCACAUCGCCGAGGCUGACCCUGGUAGCAUCGCGUGGGCUUCAAGUUUCGACGACAUUGAGAAGCGCGUCUUGUAAGGGACGGCCCACUAUGGCAUCGCUUUGCCCCUGGCACACCAAAUGCUGGCAGUCCAACAGACAAGAGUACAGCAUCUACAUAGACAUCGAGUUUGUCGUAAUCGCGUCACCACAAUCACAUGUUCGGCAGAGCGAGAGCUUCAACAGAAUCAGCGCUUGUCGGGGGAGCACGUAUCACCGACAUGCUGACUGCUCUUCAAAAGAGCGGCAGUUUUCCUCUGUCAAUUAUGUCUUUCCAGCUCUGAA